CUUUUUACAGUAAUAUGCCAUCUUUGCUCAUUAAUCUUUCUUCUGUCCGCGUUUCUGUGUAACUGUCGCUGUUAAUCACGUUCAAUCUAACAGGCGCUGAUGUUGCGACAUAUCACACCGGAAGUGCAGUUAUGGUUUACUACUUUAAGAGAAUAGAAACUGUCUGAAGUGUUUUGGAGUGCGUCAGUGCGCUGGGAGGAGGAGUGGCUCCGAGCUCCUUUUUUUAAAGAGAUGCUGUAACGUUUGAACGUUUGAGGAUUUCUGCAGACAUGGAGCUUCUACCACUUCUGUUUCUGAGCUUCUGUUUCCUGACUUUGUCCGGACUGACGUUUGGUGCUGAAUCCGCCUCACCUGUGAUUGUGAAAGAAGAUGAUGAUGCCAUUUUACCCUGCUCUAUCGGCACCAAUGAGAACAUUGAGUCAAUGCUGUUUGUCUGGAAGAAGGAAGGAACAGUUCCUCUAAAACAGGUGUUCAUGUAUGAUGACGGCACAUAUAGCAAAGGUCAAGAUGAGGAGUUCAAAGGUCGAGUCUCAUAUUUUCCAGAACAGCUGAAGCACGGCAACGCUUCCAUAAGAAUGAAAAAAACUCGUUUGGAGGACAAAGGAAACUAUACCUGCAGUUUUCCAAUAAUGCAGCCAGAAAUCAAAAUCUUCCACAUUGAGCUUGUUGUUGAGCCCGUAUUAAAGGUCCGAAACGUCCCAGGUGCAGCUCCAGAGCCUUCUGUCACAAAUCUUAACGAAUCAAGUGACUGGGCGCUGCUUAAGUGUGAUGUAAAGGGUGCUUACCCUGAACCUACAGUGGAGUGGUGGAAUAGUAACAAUCAAACCAUUCCUUCUGAGGAGCCGCAGGUCUCUAAAGAAGGAGAGCACUUUUAUGUCACCCUCAAAACUACUGUGAAAAAGACCGACUACUAUCGCUGUGUUGCCACACAGAAGGAAUCCACCAUCAGAUAUAUACGGAAAUCAAUGUGCAUUUGA